ACUAUCAAGUUACACUAAAUUACAAAAGCAACAAUGCAACAUUGCUUAGAAGAACCUGCAACGUCUCAUAUUGUGACACCAAAUGAAGAACCCCCCAAUAUUAAAACGAGAGCCGGCCAACUGGAAAAUCCAGCAUAUAAUAAGCCAAUCCAUUGUCAUAAUAGACAAACACUAGAAUCAUAGAUGACUAUGCAUAAAAGCAAGACACUAGAAUAAUUUUUAUGACAUUAACAUGUGCUAACAAUUGUGCUGGUGAUGCUGUGAGCGAAAUGGGAAAGAAAGGUGGAUUGUUUCGUUAUGCUGAUGGAGUUGACAAAUUGCUAUUGUUGUUUGGGACUAUGGGUUGCAUAGGGGAUGGGCUACAAACACCUAUCACAAUGUUUGUUUUUGGGAGUUUGAUUGAUGAUUAUGCACGUGGUUCUGGAGAUUCUGUUCCUAAGCAUAUCAUAGACAAGUACGCUCUCAAGUUGCUGUAUAUUUCCAUCGGGGUUGCUGUAUGUGCUUUUGUUGUUUGUUAA